GGAUCGCGAGAGCUGGGCAAGGGGUGGUCCCAAGUGACGUCAGCCUUGGUUACGGCCGAGCGUCGCUGCGUAGCAACCAGGAGUAAAAUGGCAGGGUUGGUUCUCUGUGAGCCCACAGAGCUUUACAACAUCUUGAACCAGUCCACGAAGCUCUCCAGGUUAACUGAGCCUAACUAUCUCUGUUUACUGGAUGCCCGUACAAAGCGUGAGUACAAUGAAAGCCAUGUGAUUACAGCAAGAAGGGUUAAACAGAAUCCUAUGGGGGACUAUCUGAUACCUGAAUCAGUUGAGCUGGAGUGUGUCAAAUAUUGUGUCGUGUAUGAUGGCAAAACCAGCUCUUUGGACGAUACCGAUUAUGAUGAUUACGAAGAGAAGGAGGAGGGUGAAAAAGGGACUAAAGCUGCCUCAGAGAUCUCAGGAGAUGAAUCCAGUUCUUCGUGUUCACAAAAUGCUGAGGUAGGGGCUGCCAUCCAGUGUGCCAGAGUCUUAGAGCAGUUCACCCGCCACCCAGUCCGCAUCCUGAAAGGAGGGUAUGAGAGCUUCACUGCGUGCUACCAUUUCUUGAGGACUCAGAAGAUAUUCUGGAUGCCUCAGGAACUGGAUGCUUUUCAGCCAUACCCUGUAGAGAUAUUGCCUGCUCAGUUAUAUAUGGGAGAUUGCAGGCAGGCCUGUGACCAACAGAUUCAGAAGGAUCUGAAAAUCAAAGCACAAGUCAACAUCUCAGAGGAGAUUGCAACACUUUUCACAGAUGAAAGCAAAACACUUCUUCAUGUUUCUGUGGCAGAUUCUCCCGAUGCAGAUCUUUUUUCCUUUUUUCCCACCAUUUGUCACUUCAUAGAUGCUCAGAUGGCUCUUGGAGCAGUUCUGGUUUUCUCUACCCUGGGUCUAAGUCGGAGCAGCACGGCGGUAAUGGCCUUCCUCAUGCAUUCAUCCCAUUAUCCCUUAAAGAGGGCUUGGAAAUACAUCCAGAAAUGCAAAACAAACAUGAGACCAAACCGUGGCUUUGUACAACAGCUGUCAGACUGGGAAAGCCAAAUCUAUGGGUCAGCGAUCACAGAUAUCUCCGAACCACAUUACUGACAGUCAGCAAGGAGAACAUCCAACAGGCAAAGAAGCCUUUCCAUCUGUACCACAGUUUAACUUGGGCUGUAUUGUUUAGG